AUGUCUGUUCAAGACAUUUCACCAGACCUGGACAAGCUCGAGGCACAGCUUGACAAAGUGGAAGCCACUAUCAAACCGCUGCUAGAAAAUAUUUCAAACUCGACACAGCUGCCCCUGGUUGAUAGGGCCAAAUUGUUUACUUUAACCAAUUAUGCUCUUGAAAUAGCCAGCCUCAGACUUCAAGGCGCAGAUGCCCUCAAUCACCCAGUCUUCACAACUGAGCUUAAGAGGGUGAAGCAGUACUUUGACAAAAUAGAAGCAGCUGAGAAUCCUCCACAGCCACAGCCCAGGACACAGAAAGUUGACACUGAAGCUGCUACGAGGAUGAUCAAGGCUGGUCUGUCGGAUGAUCAAGCACUGAAGAACAAGCUCGCGGAGCAGAUUGCCAAAGAGAAGGCAAAGGCAUUCCUCACCAGUAUUGGCAAAAGGCGGCCCGACUCAGAACAAGGCAAGGACACGCCCACGCCCGAUGGCAAGAGCAAGAAGCAAAAAAGGAGCAAGCAGUCGUAG